GUAAACGAGAGUAAAGGGAUGUGAGAAAAGAGUAGCUCUUAAAGUGGAUGGCAGUUUAUUUAGUUUCAACGGUUUUUUUUAAUGGGGAAAAAAAAUCUGGAACAAGUAGUGGGUUUUAAAUAUUAGCACUUUAUUUCCAGGAUUCUUUACGAAGCAGCAAUGGAAUAUCCAUCUGGACCAACUUCUCUGACAUUCAUGUUCCUCCUUUUAACAGUGAUCAGGAUAAGCCAUGCUCUUUUGGAUAGAACUGUAGAGGCAAGUUUUCCAAUGCACUUAAAUCCUCUUCACUCAAGUCCAGCAGAAACAAGUCAAGACUUUUUCUCCUGUGAUUUUGAAACCCCUUGUUCCUGGAGCGUGUCCAAUCACAGCACCCGAGGAGAUUGGUAUGUCACAUCACCUCAACAAUACUGGGCCAGCCAACAGGGCAUCCAACCAAUCACAGAUCACUCUACUGGAAAUCCUAGAGGUCACUUCCUGGUUCUGAGGCCUGGCUCUGCCCUGUGGGCUUCUGGGAGUUGCACAUUUCACAUCGCAAGUCCCGUAGUGCUAAGCAGUGGCCCACACUGUCGACUGCGUUUUGCUUGUUUCCAGCCAGAACCGAGGACAGGAAACUUGUCUGUCUCCAUAAAACUUACAGAUUCUGCUGUCAUCAACUCACUGACUUCUGUCAGCAGAGAAAAAGCUGGAAUAAGGGAAUCUUGGGAGGUUUUGGAGGCAUCAAUAGGGAAAAUGAAUGAGCCCUUCCAAGUAACAGUGCAGUACACUUCUUGUAGUGGUCAUGAUCUUGGACUUUUAGCCAUUGAUUCACUAGAGCUGAAGGACUGUAACAUGGAAACCAGAGAUACGGCUCCAGAUUGUAAGGAGAAUUUAGCUGUUCGCUGUGAUUUGGGUGGCUGUAUAGAUAAAAGCAAAGUGUGUGAUUUUCACACUGAUUGUCCUUUAGGCGAGGACGAAGGAUUCAUUUGUGAUGCAUUGCCACUGGGGGCGUAUUGUUCAUUUGAGCUCAGCUCCUGUGGUUGGACAGUCUCUGAAAUACAGUCUUCAUGGAAUCUGGCCAGUGGAGAACAACUAGCCAGAAGUACUGACCUAUUAGGAACAACACUCCAGAAUACUCAAGGACACUUUUUGUUUCUUAAAGUCAGAGGCAUUGCUAAUGGAAAUGAAGCAUCAAUUUAUAGUCCAAGUCUUCCUGGGAUUCUGUCCAAACAAGAUUGUCAGUUGCACUUCUCCCUGUAUCUGUACGGGGAUUUUAAUGGAACGGUACGCUUGACGGUGAUAGAGAAUGGUACAUCCAUGACCCCUUUAAUGUGGGAGAGGGCUGGACAUUGGAAGGACAACUGGCAAGAUGUCACUCUACAUAUCACUGACCUUAUAAAUGGGUUCUAUUUAAAAGUGCAUGCCAUGUGGGCUGCUGACUCAGAAGCUGACAUUGCACUGGAUGACAUUUCUUUAAGUGCGCCAUGUUUUGACACAGACCUACAAUCCCUGCAUCUUGGCCGCCAACAUGAUUUGGACUCCACCAGCCAGUUAGACUCCCUGAGUCCUCUUCCUGAGCCUUCUGCCUCAGAGGUGUCUCAGGUGACAUGGUCGUUCACCUCAUGUGGGGCCAGUGGACCUCGGGGCCCUAAUCAGGCGCAGUGCAACAGUGCAUAUCGUAACACCAAUGUUAGUGUGGUGGUGGGAAAAGAAGGCCCUGUCAAAGGUGUACAGAUGUGGAAGGUGCCCGCUACCAACAGAUACAAGAUCUCGGCAUAUGGAGCUGCAGGUGGCAGUGGAGCAAAAAACCAUAAACGUUCACAGGGUGUCUUCAUUUCAGCCAUCUUCAAGCUGAAGAAAGGAGACAUCCUAUAUCUCCUGAUUGGCCAUCAGGGGGAAGAUGCUUGCCCAGGGAGGAAUCCUCUAACUCGUAAGGUCUGCCUGGGUGAGUCAUCUGUCAUUGAGGACAGGACUGAAGGAGAUGGAUCUGCUGCGGAAUGGGCUGGAGGUGGAGGUGGUGGUGGGGGUGCAACGUUCGUUUUCCGCAUGGAGAAUGAAGAGCCGGUGCCUCUGCUGAUAGCAGCAGGUGGAGGAGGGAAGGCGUAUCUGGAGGACCCUGAGAGCAGUUUGGACCAGAUCUCUCUGGAACAGUAUGAAAACGACACAGUGGCCUCUGGGGUCAACGGCAGAACUGGAGCAGCAGGAGGGGGAGGUGGUUGGAAAGACUCCACUAUGCACCUGUGGGCAGGAAGAUCUCUGAUUGAAGGGGCAGAAGGUGGCUCGCCUUGUCCUCAGGCUCUGUCUAAAUUGGGCUGGGCGACUUUCGGAGGGUUUGGAGGAGGAGGAGGAUCCUGUACUGCAGGAGGAGGUGGUGGAGGAUACAGAGGUGGUGAUGCAUCCCACGCUGAUGACCUCACGGCAGACGGACAGGAUGGCAUUUCUUUUGUCCAUCCCUCAGGAGAGCUUUUUCUGCAGCCUCUGGCAGUAAUGGAGAGUCACGGGGAAGCUGAAAUUGAAGUACAUCUGAACUGCAGCCACUGCCAGACUCAGAGCUGCAAACGUGAUAAAGAUAGCAGGUUCAUCAUCUGCCUGUGUCAUAAUGACGAGAUUCUUGCUCCAGACAAUGUCAGCUGUAUAGCAGAAACGCAGGGUUCCAUGGUCGUCGGACACCCGUCCUUGUCUCUGAUAGUGGCGGUGGUGGCGUCCGCUGUGGUGACGGGUGUUGUGUUGACCUGUGCUUGCCUCACUCUCAUGUAUUACCGCAAGAAGAACCACCUCCAUGCGGUCCGGAUUUGCUUACAGAGCCCCGAACACAAGCUGAGCAAGAUUCGCUCCUCCGUCAUUAUGACUGACUACAACCCCAACUAUUGCUUUGCUGGCAAAGCUGUUUCACUGUGUGAGCUGAAGGAAGUUCCACGCAAGAAUAUCACCCUCCUCAGGGCUUUAGGGCACGGUGCUUUCGGAGAAGUGUAUGAGGGUCAGGUUCUGGGUAUGAAUGGAGAGAAUACUGCCAUGAAGGUUGCUGUCAAGACUCUUCCAGAAAUCUGUUCUGAGCAAGAUGAAAUGGAUUUUCUCAUGGAGGCACUAAUUAUGAGUAAGUUCAACCACCAGAACAUAGUGCGCUGUAUUGGAGUCAGUCUUCAGAUCCUGCCCAGAUUUAUUCUUCUGGAGCUCAUGACUGGAGGAGACUUGAAAAGCUUUUUGAGACAGAACCGCCCCAGAGCUAAUCAGCCCUCAUCUCUGACUUUGUUGGAGCUGCUGCACGUGGCCAGAGACAUUGCAUUCGGCUGCAGAUACCUCGAGGAGAACCAUUUCAUUCAUAGAGACAUCGCUGCACGGAACUGCCUUUUGACUUGUCCUGGUCCAGAGAGAGUGGCUAAAAUCGGAGAUUUUGGAAUGGCUCGUGACAUAUACAGGGCCAGUUACUACAGAAAGGGUGGCCGUGCCAUGCUGCCUGUGAAAUGGAUGCCGCCUGAAGCCUUCCUAGAGGGCAUUUUCACAUGCAAGACUGAUACAUGGUCAUUUGGUGUACUGCUGUGGGAGAUUUUCUCCCUGGGCUACAUGCCUUACCCCUGUAAGACCAAUCAGGAGGUGCUGGAGUUUGUGACAAGUGGCGGACGAAUGGAUCCACCUAAGAGCUGCCCUGGACCAGUUUACCGGAUUAUGACGCAGUGUUGGCAACACUGCCCAGAACAUCGACCAAACUUCUCAGCUAUUUUAGAAAGGAUCAACUAUUGCACUCAGGACCCUGAUGUUAUAAAUACACCCCUUCCAGUGGAGUAUGGGCCACCUGUGGAUGAAGAGAGCCGCACUGUGAUUCGUCCAGUAGCAUCUGACACCAUGACUCCUCCUCUAGUGAGCAGAUCGCUGGAUGAGCCUGUGCAGCCUGCAACCUUUACUCCACUCCCUCAGGUCCAGAAACCCCGAUUACUGUUACAGCAGCCACCACAAAUGCCUCAGGAGAUUGCCGUAUGUGAAGCUUUGGAGCCUUUUUGGCCUGAGCCAUCUUCUGCUCCUGGGGCCCAAUCAAGCUCUUGGCUGAAGGUCCCAGAGCACCAACCAUGUUCCAGAUCUAGCUCUUCAUCAGGCCAAAAGCUAAAGAACAACACCAAGAAUCUUUGGAACCCCACGUAUGGUUCAUGGAUUCUUGAGAGCUUUGGGAGGACAGCCCUGUCCCAGACCCAGUCUGAACCUUUGUCCAGUACCACCACUGCCCUGUCCCAUUUUUCUUCAACCUCAGAUCAUAACGACUCUGGAACCGAAGCUAAUGUGUCAACAUGCUCGAAUUCAUCACCAGCUCCCUCUGAGAAAAGCUCCAGUCCUCCAGGACCUUUGCGCCUCACAUCACGGAAAGGGCAGUGUGGAGCUGUUGGGGGCUCACAUGCUGCUGUCAUGGACUUGGCUAAGCUUCAGAGCUUCCCUUGUGGCAAUGUAAAUUAUGCGUAUGAUGAGCAGAGCUAUGAAGCUGAGAGUCUACCCCUGGUAGUUGGCAGGUCUCCAAAACCCAGCAGUAGUUCUGUAGCUAGCUCUUCUCUAACAGCACUUGGCCUGGCUUUCUCCAGCACCCACAAAACAUUAGUCACGCGUCACGCCAGCUAUGGACACGAAGAUGCCAGAAGGAAUUCCAGGCCAGAGAAAACCACGCGGGACAGAGACUCAGGCUUCUCACUGUCGGAAGAUCUUAGUGUGACUCCUGUGUAGCACUUUCAGAUGCUGAGCUAAAGCCAGAUAUUAUACUUAAAAGCAGUAUUAUACUGUAUUAUUAAACAGUAGCGAACUUCAUUCAGGUUGCCUGUCCUAAAAUUAUAAAUUAGGAGGCCAGCAACACUCAUCAAUACAGGAAACAAAAUGAAGACGUUUUUGGGUAAAAAAGUAUUAUGACAUCAAUAUUGUACGAAUGGAUAAUUCAGUACAGGAAUCCUGUGAAUAUAGUAUAUUACAGAA